AAUUGUACACUCUCCGACUCGUUGAAGUACGAAGUAGCACCUCAAAAACAGAGCAAGUAAAUUCAUAUAGGGCUACGUGGAUUAGGACAGAGAAUUUGGCGCACCUAACGUUCCUAUUUAUUAUCUUAUCAUAUCUCUAGCUGAUAACACCAUUAUCAAUGAGCACACAAAGCACCUCACUCCAGUCGACCACUACAAUUGCGAGGCACCUGUUGUUGCAGAAAAAACUGAUAACGGAACUAAAGAAAAUGAUGUGAUGAAAGAUAAAAAAAUCGAUUGAACAAUGGGUGUUAAAGUUUUAGUUUUAGCCGCGUUUCUAGUUAUAAGUGCAAGUGUAUACGCUCAGGACGUAGACAAUGUGACAGACAGAACUGUUGAUGAAUUAUUAUUAGAUGUGGACCCAAAAUUAGAAGUUACACCACCGACGGAGGAAUUGCCGCAGCCAAAUGAUGAAGUGCCUGAAGAAUCGGCAGUUGAAGUUAUAGCAGAUGUUCCGGCGGCUGAUUUGGAGAUCCGAAGUGGGAAGUACCAGCUCAACGAUGGAUUGGUGGGAGAGGAGCCAGUGGAACUGGAAGCGGUGGCCAAUGUCGAACCGGAUCCAAAUGCUGAGCAGAGUGAGAGGCAACUCCUAUACUCACCUGACUCUACAAUGAACACCAAUUAUAAUAACGAAUACGCACGCAUCGACGGAAGAAUACUCCCUGAUAUAACCUACCAGAACAAUGGGCAGGCUUACAUCAUCACCGCCCAGCGUCUCCAGCAGAUCAGGGCCAACUUCCUCUACUGGUUCUACGACCAGGGCGGCAGCGAGAACAUCGGAGACUACCAGAGGGAUAUCCACACUUCUACCCCGCAGAUCCAUAAGAACUUCAACUUUCAGCUGCCGUUCUUUGGGUUCAGAUUCAAUUAUACGAGGCUCUCCAUGAAUGGGUACAUCUACUUCAGCGAUCCCCCAGACCAUUACACCUACCCUCUCUCCUUCCCCAUGCGGGACUGGCCGAAAGUCAACGAUCCUUCCUUCAUCGGUAUCUUCUUCAGCAAGUGCCGUAUCGGCAGCAUCAGACCCACCGACAUUGACCAGAGAAGAGCUGGCGUUUACUUCAGAUUGGACAGGGACUUACAGACUCGUAGAGACCAGCUUGGCGUAGAAAUGCGCGAACGCAUCACCUGGGACAUCCGUGAAGGUGUCAUUGGCGCUGAGAACUUCUUCCCGAAACAUGCUAUCACGAUAACUUGGAAGAACAUGUCUUUUGCUGGAGGAAUUGACAACUCUCUCUUUGUGACUAACACGUUCCAAAUGGUACUGGCGACAGACGAAGUGUUCACAUACGCGAUCUUUAACUAUCUUGAAAUCAACUGGAGUUCUCACACAGAAGCUGGUGGUGAUACCACCACAGGUGAAGGAGGAGUGCCGGCUUAUAUUGGUUUCAACGCCGGUAACGCCACCCGAAGCUAUGAAUACAAACCAUACUCUCAAGAGUCUGUACUCCGUGAUUUGACUGGAAGAGGAUGGGCUAAUGGUUUCCCUGGUCGACAUAUAUUUAGAAUAGACGAAAAUAUACUUAUGGGAACCUGUAACAAAGACAUUGACGGCGCAAACCUUCCUCUGAUGUUUGCCCCCGAAAGUGGUAACAUGUUGGGAGGCACUGUGGUGAACAUCACCGGCCCUUGUUUCAACCCCAACGACCGAAUCACUUGCCGUUUCGAUACUGAAGCCGUGGUGGGUGUCGUCGUGGACGUCAAUCGAGCUAUUUGCGUACAGCCUCGGUUUUACCACAAUGGUUAUGCCAGGUUUGAAGUCGCCAUCAACAACGAGCCCUUCAAAUGGAAGGGACGCUUCUUUGUAGAAACCCCUGCAACAGCAACUGAAAGAAUCUACUUCCCUGACAACGCGAUCCACCAGAGGAACCCACCAGAAAUCAAAAUAACAUGGAACCGUUUCAAUUUGACGACCAACUUGAACGUCCAGCUUCAAAUCAGUUUAUGGGGCUACAAAGAAGUCACCAUCAGACCUCAAAUGGAGUUCAUCGAUAUCAUAGAAAUGGGUGUGGCAAAUACUGGGGAGUACAUUAUCAACCCACAGAAUUUCAGGAAUAGGGAUAAUCUGAUGCACAACGACAUGCAAUUCGGUUUUCUGCAAAUCAAUUUGACAACUCCUGAGAUAUACAAAGGCGUUCAAGUUUCACCAAUUCUCUGGAGUCGACCAAUCCCUCUAGCCUGGUACUUCGGCCCUCAAUGGGAGCGUCUCCACGGAACCCGCUGGCCUCAAACCAUGUGCAACAACUGGCUCCGAAACGAUCGUUUCCUCAAGAACUUUGCUGCUCAAAUCUGGGUGUGCCCCUGUACUCUGGAACAUGCUUUGCUGGACAAAGGUCGUUUCCUACCAGAUCUUGAUUGUGACAAAGACACCAACCCAACUUGUAGAUAUCACUGGGGAGGUGUACAUUGCGUCAGGAGUGGAGCGCCAAGUGCUGAAGGGUCAGGUCAACAGUGCUGCUACGAUAAGAACGGCUUCCUCAUGCUUUCAUACGAUCAAAUGUGGGGAUCUAGACCUCACAGGUCACACGACUUCGGAUUUACUCCUUACAAUGAAGCCAACAAGGUACCAUCACUGUCCCAUUGGUUCCACGAUAUGAUUCCAUUCUACCAAUGUUGUUCAUGGCAAGAAGAACAGGCUGUUGGGUGUGAAACCUUCAGAUUCGAACGUCGUCCUUCCCAAGACUGUGUCGCAUACCAAUCUCCAGGAGUUGCAGGCAUAUUCGGAGACCCUCACAUCGUCACUUUCGAUGACCUUCAGUACACAUUUAACGGCAAAGGUGAAUACGUAUUAGUGAGGACAGACGACCCUCAAUUGAAACUGGACGUGCAAGGUAGAUUCGAGCAGGUCGCGAGAAACAUUCAUGGCGUAGUCAAUGCAACCCAUCUUACUUCUAUCGUAGCUGCAUCUAACAACUCUGUUCCUAUAGAAGUCAGGUUACGGCCUCAGCAUGCGCAAUGGCGAUACAGACUGGAUGUGUUCGCUGAUAAUAAACGUGUCUACUUUGACAGGUCUGCUUUGAGGAUUCAGUACUUCCCAGGUGUGACCGUGUACCAGCCUAUGUACAUCCUCAACCAGUCAGAAAUCGUGAUCAUGUUUGCAUCAGGCGCUGGAGUUGAGGUUGUAGAGAACAAGGGCUUCAUGACUGCCAGGGUUUAUCUACCCUGGACGUAUAUGAACAAAACUCGAGGUUUAUUCGGUAACUGGUCGCUAGAUGUAAACGAUGACUUCACGCGCCCCGACGGAAUAGUGCAACCCAUUGAUCUCAACAACUUCCAAUCGGCACACAGAGAUUUCGCUCAACACUGGCAACUAACUGAUCGGGAGCAACGAAAUAUAGGCGUAGCGUUAUUCACAAGAGAAUACGGUCGAACUGCGGCAUACUUUAACGACAACACCUUCAUACCGAACUUCAUACGAGAGCCGGCGGACUUCUUGCCCACCAACCGGUCGCAGGAUGUGGCAAGAGCAAUAGACAUCUGCCAGGACUCGUACCAGUGUCGAUACGACUUCGGCAUGACCCUGAAUAGGGACAUGGCGGAGUUCACGAAGAAUUAUCUGUCUUCGAUUACGAAUAUAAAAGAAACGAAUGCACGAAGAGUGAUCAGUUGCGGCAUUUUGGAAACUCCUCGGUUUGGGCGAAAGAGUAACUUCUUCUUCACUCCUGGUACUCGGGUGAACUUCGAGUGUAACCAGGACUUCAUUCUGGUCGGAGACAAGCGCAGGGUGUGCGAGGACAACGGCCGGUGGAACCUCCCCGACUAUGGGUACACUGAGUGCUUACGUAACCAAGAAUUCUCUCAGCGCGCCCUAUUUCUGACGUGGGGUGUGAUAGUGGCAAUCAUUCUACCUUUGGCCCUCUUGCUCUGCCUCUCGUGGUUCUGGUGCUGGCACAAGCCGCGCUCCGAGGGCAAGGAGGGAUUCAGCUUCCAGGACUACCCGCGAUCCAAGUCCGCUUCACGGCUCAACCUUCGAUCAGCUUCAAUGGGAAAUAUAACCGACACUGCGAAAUCCUCCACUUUACGCAGUCAAGACACAGACACCAAACCCAAAUUACCCGAAACUCCCACGGAGGAAACUCCCAUGAAACCAAGCAUGCGGUCCGCUCCGCUACCCCCUGAACCUCAGGACGGGGACAGCUCAGGGCUUGGGUAUGCCGACUCUAGUAAAAGCGACUCCGGCAAAUCAGACAAGUCUUCCAUUCCGAAAAAACGUCGCUACGAUAAAACUUACCGAACCAACGAACCCUUACCAAAUUUACCUGAUGUAGAGUUCCCUGAAAAGCUCUGGGAUCUCUCUGAAGAGGACCUGCUUUCGCUUACCUCUCCAUCCGAAUCUGAGUCUAAUCGUGACUCUACUUUGACCCGUCCGGCCAAAGACAUUGAAUACGUGAGCAAACCUCGUCAGACUGGGCGUCAUGCUCUUGCCAGUGACUCAGGCUAUUCCACAAAGGAUGGUUCUGAAGAUCCCUAUGGGAACAAAUAUGGGGGCACUUACAGUCCCAUUCCCUCCCCAACUUAUUCUGAGAUUUACUCUCCUGCCGUGAGUCCGACUUCUGAUAUCAGUCCGAGGAGCACAUUCAAUAACCCGGGUCUACCAGAGGCCCCCAAGAGUGCCCCUGCUGACGAGAUAAAAACGUUCACUCUUCCUCCAGUCCGUGGAAAAUCAGAGUACUCUGCCCGCACCCUGGGCGCUACAUGGGGCAUUAUCAGCGCCAUCAUGGUGCCCAUCGUCAUCGUGUUCAUCUGCAUCGGCUGGCGCAUCCUCAAGAAGAGGAAACAGGACGAGAGCGAAGAUGACAAUGAGUUCAUGACCAUCAAGAGCCGACCACUCGACCCGGACGAGUCGGUGAAGAUUAACUCUGAUGAUGAGAGCAUUCCUUACAAGAAGGACCUGCCUGAAGACAGCCCUGAGCCCACCGAACCGGUGCAAGUCACUGACAACAGCACCACCUAUCCUUACCAAUAUGACCAGCCACAGUCUAGUACGCCCUUAGCCCAACAAACUCGGCAGUGGGACGGCCAAGACCAAGCUCUCCCGGGUCAGUCUGACCAGCAGUGGGAUGGCUUGCCCCCUCCACCUCCUCAACCAGAGGACCAACAGUGGGCAGAUGGGCAGAGACAACCCCUGAAUCAGAAUCAGGCAAGGCAGUGGCAGGGAGAGACGGAAAUAAAUUAGAAUAGUUUUAGAAGCACUGCAUGCAUGAUGAUGCAGUGAUUGAUUAGCCCACUGAAAGAUUCAAAUAAUGUUUAUAAUUUACAAAAUAAUGUUUAGUAAAUAAAAUAAAGACCACAUAUUAAGUAGGUACAUAAUUAUCAUGUGAGUAACAUAAGCGCACAAGAAAAUAGUACAAAAUUUUACAUUACAAAUGUAUUGAAGCAUUUUGACAUUCUUUUGAGUCUUACUAAUUUAAUAUUACUUAUAAGUGAUUUUGAAUUAAUAUUUUUUCGGAAUUUUAUUUUAAUUUGUUAGUGGUAAAAAAUUUAUAUCUAUUAUUUUCCAUAAAUAUAACUUAGAAUCGCGAAGUUUACGAAUUGACGGAUGUGUAAGCUGCUCUACUAAAAUGAGGACAUUUUCCUCAUAUAUUUUCUUUAAUUUCAUAGCCUAUGAGAUAAGUUAGCCCACUUACGAUCACUAUGACAACAGUAAGAGUCAUUCGAAGACUAAUAUCUGAAUGAGAUGAUUGUAUACUUUGUAAUUUUUUAUAGAAUUCUUACCGAUAAGACAAUACCUAAUUUAAGUUAUUGUAAGACGGCCUGCUGAGCUUUAGAUUUUUGCCCCUUUUGACGUCAAUGUAUUCGAUUAUUUGUAUCUUUUAAAAAUUCACUAAUCAUGACAAAUGAAAUCCGAAUAAUUUCUAUGAUU